CACUAUUUGAGCGAUACCCACCCGGGUUUCCACCAUAAAUGCAAAAAGUGAAUUGUAAUAAAAAAAAAAAAUCGAGUCAGCCAGUAGAUGAUGCGUUAUACCCCCACCCCCAAGUCUCGUCACCCUCUGCAACCCAGCAAUCCCAGCAUCGACGAGAGUCGUUCGAUAAAUUAGGCGCGAAAAAAGUUGUGUUAAGUGGUUAUUGCAACAAUAGGAUUGACAACAACAAACACGUGGUUGCAAAAUGCCACGGGUUAAGGGAUCACCGAAGAAAUGUGUUAAAACAGCGAAUACCAAUUCGCCGAGUAAUACGUGGGUUUUUCUUAUGAAAGGAGAUGGUGUCAGUGGAUCUGACGGAAGUCCUCCAGACAUCGUGAAACUCCGUCACCCAGCGACAAACCAACCAGCAAUGUUUGUCUUCAGUCCUGGUGACCAAACAGUUCAAGAAGUUCUGACAUUCGACGAGAACAAGCGCUCGUGGUUCAUCGACGAGAACGUCAAGUCCGAUGGAAAAAUGCACUUGUCAACCCCCAUCGACCCCAUCUUCCUGGUGCUACCGUACCUGAGGAAGGCACAACAAGUGCUGCCCCUUGACCAGUGCCUCAGGGAUGAGGAUUAUCCCGAGACAAUAAGACUUGCUAGAUGCCAGAGUCUCAAAGUUUCACUGGUGGCAGACAGAAAGGGAGACGAGUCAUACCAGGCAUACAAGUACAACGAGGAAAAAACACUCGGUUGGCUCCAAAAAAAAGUCGAGAGGGUUGCCGAUGUACUUAGACAGAAGGGCAUUCAUGUCAGCCAAGGAGCUGUCAGUGCCAAUUACGUCAAGAGUACCAAAUACGAGGCAGGGACUGAUAGCGAAUACCUGAAAUACGCCCACGGUAUCGUCUCGGAAUAUCUCACCGAGGAUUUAUCAAAGAAACUUGCCCAAAACAUGAACCUACCCGAAGAAGAGAACAAAAAUAAACGCAAGCUCAUGAGUCCCAAGGAAGUUCCUGAGGAGAAACGACAGAAGAAGGACUCGCUGGACGACGAGUCCCCCAGGACACGAGCUCUCGAUCUCACGAAACCAGAAAAGCCCCAGAAACCCCAAACCGUCUCAAAAAAGGAAAUAGCAAGGCAAAAAGCAGCUGCUAGCUCAAAAAGCAUCACAAGUUUCUUCAAGAAAAAAUGAGUUACCAAAAGACUGUUCUCACGCGUUCCUAUCAACUGCUAUUAGAAAUUCCAAAGUUCAACCGAACGAAGGGAACUAAAAUUUCAUUCGAGUACGAAAGAGGAACGCUUCCGACAUAUUUCUCAAGCUGUUGCUCAAGCAUUUCCCUAAACUAGCGAACAAAACGAAAUUAAAAUACAACCACCAAUUAAUUUACCAAUCUGUUCAUCCAUACAUUUCUGUAAAUAGUAAUGUUAAUUAUUUCAACUUAAGAAGAAUGUUAUACUUUGUAUAAAUUUUUAUCGUUGAACACAAGCAAUUUGCUAUAAUUUAUCUCAGCCAAAUUAACUUGUUCGAUAUGAUGUAGAUUUCAGAGGAAACAUUUCUAUUGCUGUCCAUCAAUGCGUCAUCUUACGAUUAAAUUUAUUAAUAAGAAAUUAAAUUACUCUCCGCAUUCCGAUAAAAUCGGAUUUGCCCCAAUAAACAUGUGUUAUCGUGAAAUUUA